AAGUCUGGAAAAGACGAGAGUUGCAGCAUUUAUGGAGUCCUGUUAACCAUCUUGUUAAAAUGAAGUUUAAUUUUGAAAAUUGGAUUCGUUCAAAUACCGCCUUAGAAAUUCUUUGUGCAGUGAUUGUCAGAAAGUUAGAAGGACGGAGAAAGGACACAAAUAUUGCCAGUAUUGUAGGAUCUUCCACCAGUUUGUUAGGAACUAUCCUUAUGGUGUCUGGAAUUCUUGCCUCACCUGUGACGGGAGGAGCAACACUUGCUUUGACAAUUGCUGGAGGAGUUAUUUCUGGGGCUGGAACAAUAACAACAAUCGGAGCCAAAUUGACGGAAUUUUUUCUUAAUAAAAAGCCCAAAAGUAUUGUUCAGCGACAACAGAUGGUACUGCAGGAACAUUCAAAACGCUUUGAAAACAAUGUGAAAGAGUUAGAUAAGUAUUUGAAGAUUCUAGAGGAAAAAAAUGGACAAAAGUUUACUGCUUCCUUAGAUGUAGCUCCUGCAUAUCUACGUACAUUCUGUAGUAUUGGAUCCAUUCCACUUCUGAUACUUAGAGUUUUAGCUAACGCUAUUACAAGCGCGGAGGCAGUAUUUAUCCCUGCAUCAGUUGUUGCUGAUGGCGCAAUUAUAAGUAUUGCUGCCCAUAGUUUAAGGAAAGGUUCCAGAACUGACGAAUCCAAAAAACUUAGAACAGCACAGCUUUUGUUAAAGCUUACAAGAGAUCAAAUGAAUAUCUGGGCAUACGGAAACACUUAUAAAGGAGGAAGCUCUAAUGGUAUCUUAAAGGAGAAGGCAGCAGUUACAUUACAGAAUGAAGUGAACUAAUUCAUAAAACAAUUUUUUUUGCAUAUCAUCUGUUAAAAUAUGGUGUUAUUUCAUUAUUCUUUGCAAAAAAAACUUUCUCUUCAAGAUGAU